AUGCUACGGUUUCUACUACAAGGUUCCGGGUCCGCUCAGCGAGCUUUCAACAUGAUGAAUGCGCCAUCAUCAGGCGCCUUGCAAGGUGCUUGGCGACGCCUCUAUACGACGCAGCGCAACAUUUUUCGACGGAGCUCGGCCCAAUCUAGCGGCUCACGCCGUUUUGCUACAACGCUUCACCCAUUGCGGCCCAUAGGCUUGCAAGCGGCAGCAUCUGAAUGGGCGCCGGCAUCGAGGAGAGGUUUUCGCUUCUCCGCUUGGAGGCACAACAACACGAACGGGGAACAGCCACAGCCCCUGUCACUUACCAAACGGCUAAAAAAGCUGUUCAAGGAUUACGGCAAGUCGGCUAUUGGCGUGUACCUUGCUCUCAGUGUCCUUGACUUUCCCUUUUGCUUCCUGUUGGUGCGCAUCGUAGGUACCGACACGAUAGGUCGAAUUGAGCACGCCGUUGUAUCCACCGUUUCGAAAUUCAUUCCAGAAUCAAUUCGGCAAAAGUGGCGCGAUUACUGGCAAUCGGUCAAGAAGACGGAAAAUGAUACUCUUGGCAAUGGAGAUGUUAGCGAAACUGUGGAGAUGAUGAGCUGGGGCGUCGAAACGGCACAGGAGCACCACAACGAAGCAGCGAGUCUCGGGACACAGUUGGCUCUUGCGUACGCCAUUCACAAGAGCUUCAUCUUCGUGCGAGUCCCCUUGACAGCAGCGCUUACGCCCAAGAUUGUCAAGAAGCUUCGUUCAUGGGGCUGGAACAUCGGGAAAAAAGCGUAA